CAGAAAGAGAAGAUGGAAGGAUUGUUGCUAGGUCAUGAUGAUAAAAGAAUGGAAUAGGACAGACAGCUGCAGUUGGAUUGUCCAGCUAUACUGUUAGGAGGAUUUUUGGCAAAGAAGAGAAGAUACCUCUAAAAUACAGAACACCAGUAUGGAAGCUAAAACCAGUGAAGAUUAUUUGAAAGUCCAGAAAAUGAAGAAGAAAGUAUUGAGGAAGCAAGUCAGAGCUCAGCAUACGUUGAUGAGACACGAGGGCAUAAAGUGUGUCUCCCAUGCGACACAGAGCCUGGUUGUUGCCAAUGCUGGUCUUGGAAAUGGGAUGAGUAGACAGCAAUUGCUCAGAAUACUAGAAGAAUAUGGAGCAAUGGAAACACUCUUAAUGCCACCAAAUAAACCAUACUCAUUUGUGAAAUACAGAACAACAGAAGAAGCCAAGAAAGCCUUUAAUGCCCUUAAUGGAAAGGAAGUAACAUUGGAAGACUGUGACCAAAACAUUGUUCUAUAUAUUAAUUUUGUGGAAAAAGUUUCCUUGCAAAAUGCUGUUCCUACAAGCUUGCCUCCAGGCUUAAUGGUAAUUGAAAAGAUUAUUUCUCCAGAGGAAGAAAGGAGGAUGUUGGAAAGUAUUGACUGGAAAGCAGAUGAAGAUACUCAGAAUGCCCAGAAGACUUUAAAGCAUAGAAGAGUAAAGCAUUUUGGAUAUGAGUUUCGCUAUGAUAAUAAUAAUGUUGAUAAAGACAAACCAUUACCUGGAGGUCUUCCUGAAAUUUGCAACCCAUUCUUGGAGAAGUGCUUAAAGCAGGGAUAUAUCAAACAUAAACCUGAUCAACUGACUGUAAAUCAGUAUGAACCUGGACAAGGAAUUCCUCCUCAUACUGAUACACAUUCUGCUUUUGAAGAUGAAAUAAUCUCUCUCAGUUUGGGAGCUGAGAUUGUGAUGGAUUUCAAGCACCCUGAUGGCCAUACAGUGGCAAUUAUGUUGCCUCGAUGCAGUUUAUUGGUGAUGACUGGAGAAUCCAGAUACCUGUGGACACAUGGGAUCACACCCAGAAAAUAUGAUAUUGUUCAAGCAUCAGAACUUGGGCAAAAGGUUAGAACAAUCACUGCUGAUGUUGGGGAUUUAACAUUAAAUCGAAGGGAAACAAGGACUUCAUUUACAUUCAGGAAAGUGAGGAGAAGCCCUUGCAAUUGCAUUUACCCAUCUGUCUGUGACAGCCAGAAAGGACAGCAGAGACCAGUGCAGCCCUCAUUUCCCCAGAAUGAGAUGGAGGCCUCAAAGCUGGAGCAAGAAUAUGUACACAAGGUGUAUGAAGAGAUUGCCACACACUUCAGCAGUACCAGGCACAGCCCAUGGCCCCGAAUUGUGGAGUUUCUCAGGUCCCUGCCAACAGGGUCAAUAGUGGCUGAUAUUGGUUGUGGCAAUGGGAAGUACCUCGGCAUCAAUGACGAUUUGUACAUGGUUGGCUGUGAUCGCAGCAAAAACCUGGUGGAUAUUUGUGGAGAAAAGCAUUUCCAGGCGUUUGUCUGUGAUGCCCUGUCAGUGCCAAUCCGCAGCGGUUCCUGUGACGCCUGCAUCUCUAUUGCUGUCAUCCACCACUUCUCCACAGCAGAGCGGAGACUGGCUACUAUCCGGGAACUAGCUCGGCUUCUAAGACCUGGUGGAACAGCACUCAUUUAUGUCUGGGCGAUGGAACAAGAAUACAAAAACCAGAAGUCUAAAUACCUUAAGGAAAAGAAUGGUAGUAAAAACAAAGACAGGGAAAUGAAUACUGACACAGCCCAGAGACCACUUAAUGACCAAGGGCCUGAUAACAGCAGCCAAGACUCAGCAUGGUCUGACCAGCUCCUUAAUGACUUGAAGAAUGAAAGCUGUGGUGCCAAGCCAGUAACAGAUUUCAGACUGCCUGUUCACACUAACAGAACUUCCUUUCACUCUCAAGAUUUGCUGGUUCCCUGGCACCUGAAAGGUGGUACAAAAAAGAAAGAGGAAAGUGUUGAUACAGUGGUGGUUCCAGGUGGCUCCAAAGAAUUGCAAGAACUCAGCCCUGUUUUCCACCGCUAUUACCAUGUGUUCUGUGAAGGGGAACUGGAAGCAGUGUGCAGAUCCCUGGAUUGUGUGAGGGUUCAAAAGAGUUACUAUGAUCAGGGAAACUGGUGUGUGAUUCUAGAAAAGUUGUAGCCUGUGAUGCUUCCUCUACUAUCUGUAGAGUUUUCUUUGUUUUUUUACAGUGAAAGAUAUUUUGUGAAAGGUAUUUUUAAUGCAGGCCGCAGCUAUUGCCUCUUUUAAAAUGACAGAAUAAAGAUUGUGCAUUGAGGUAAUAA